ACCAACACCAACACAGACAGACAGCGUCAGCUCCUGUCCUGUGCAGUUCCCCUUCUCCGCGAAUCCAAAUCUCUCUCUGGCGCCGCCGAGCUGCCUCGGAUGCUCCCGGCCUCGCACCCGCUGCUGUACGCGUGCACCUUCCGCGACAGCUCCCUCGUCGCCGAGCUCGCCCACGACCCGGAAGCAGCCGGGGGCGCCGGCACCGACGACCUGCCGGCGCUCGCCGCCGCGCUCGCUGCCUCCGCGCCUCCGCACCACCAGUACGUCACCCACUCCGCGGCGGGGCGCGCGCACGCGCUCCUCCUCGCCCCGCCGCUCGCGCUCGCCGCGGUCUCGCGCGCCCCGCAGCUCCCGGCGUCCCACCUCCUGCUCUUCCUCCGCCGCCUGCGAUGCCUCCCCGAGUUCAGGAUGCGGGACGAGAUGGAGCGCCUCGCGCUCCGCCUCCCGUUCCCCGACGAGGGGGCGCUCGCGCGCGAGGCCGCCGAUGUCGCCGCCGCUGAGGCGCAGGCGGAGGAGGCCACGCGGAGGGAGGCCGACCUCGCGCGGGGGACGCCCAAGAGGGACCGUGGAGCUCGCGGCGGCGCGGGCCGGGCGUGGAGGCGCCAGCUCUGGCUCAUCAUCCUCGCGGAUCUCGUCAUCCUCGGUAUACUCUUCGCGGCCUGGCUCGCAGUGUGCAGGGGUUUCAGCUGCAUUGGCCGGUAAAUAGACAGAAAAAUAGGCUGUCCAAUUUCAAGUGAAAAUAUGGAGGUUAUUUACAGAGUUGUUUGUCCUCAUCCAUGAUUAGUCAAAACUGCUGGUGAUAUCAUCAUAGCGUAGACAAAAUCUGCCAAGAUUUGCAAUGGAAAGGGAAGGCACUCAACACCCACAAUUACCUCCCUUGUUGUAUGGAACAUCUUUGAAAAGGAAAGUCGGACUUCCUAAAUUUGAAUUUGUUGGUUUGUUUGUAGAGGACAUCUGUACACCUAGUGUAAUUUGUUGGUUCAUUUUUCUAUACAAAGCAAAUGUUUUUUGUUUC